AUAGGCAGCAGAUGGUGCGCCCCCACGGGCGCCUUACCUACGCCUCCCUACCUAUGAUAGCGCGCGGACGGGCCCGAGCCGCUGGGAGAACCACCAUCUCGCACGCGCCGCGCAUGCUUUGUACGCUCGAUGAUGCGAUGGCAGAUGAUGGCAGAUGCGAGUCCUAGACAGCUGCUGUGACGUACGUGCCUAGAUGCGCCGCUUGUGUGUAUGUGAGAUGUCGCUGCUGGCUGCUUGCUGCUUGCUGCUUGCUGUUUUUUUGAUUCCUUUUCAUCCGCAAGGUCGUUGCUUUUUGCUUUGCUGGGCUUGCAUCAGCCGUCCGUCGUCGUCGUCCAAGCCGCAUGCUUUUUUCUUUCCCGCGAAAAUUUUCUCGUCAAAUGCCUCGAGUAGGUGUGGUUGUGUUUUUCCCCUCCCUUGGAGGAGGCCCGUCUGGUCGUCUUUUGCGAGUCCAAUUCAGUUAGCAGCUUGCUUGCCUGCAGAUCGUCAGGUCGAACGAACACGGCGCCCGCGCGCGCUCGCGUGUGAUCGUCAGCGCGAUGCUGCUGUGAGCUCAGCUUAGCUCGCUUUUUUCCUUUGUUUUUCUCCAAUACUCUCCCCUUGUGCG